CGCUUCGUUCUCUGUCCCUUCCCCUUCCCAUCGUGCGCGGUUCCGAAUCCGCAUCUCCGCCCCUGCCGUAGGCGAUCGACUUCACCGGAUCGCCUCGCCGGCGACGACGGCCAGCCACAGGAACAGUGGAGUGCAGAGGAGGAAGUACUCUGCUGUGAAUGGGAAGUGUCAUGAACAAAGACAACGUUCAUGACAAGGAGACUCAUGGAACAAGCAACGAUAUAACCAAGAAUACAUCUGUGGACAAGGUGAAGGGUCCCAAUCUGCUUGAGCGAGCAAAGGAAGAGAUCGAGGCUCUAGCUGGAGCUGUUCAUACUAAGAUGGAGCACCAUUCCAGUCCCUCAAAGAAGGAUGAAUCGCAUAAGGAAGACAAGGAGGGGAACCUGCACAAAAUAAAGACCCAUACAAAUGAAACUCACGGGACAAGCAAUGACAUAAGCGAGGACACACCAGUUGACAAAGUUAAAGGUCCGAAUGUCUUCGAGCGUGCAAAGGAAGAGAUCGAAGCUAUUGUCGAAGCUAUCCAUCCGAAGAAGGGAUCUGACAGCAAGUGAAGACUAAAUAGCCUGGAGGAGAUUCUGCCUCCACUAGCUGCGAAAACAUUAACAUGAGCUAUAACUAGAUCAAUAUACGCUUCCCAAUGUAUACACCGAGCGGUCUUUUGUACACGCUCUGGAGCUGUAAGAGCUGACUGUUUGUAAGCUAUACUAUAUUUCAUCAUGUCGGUUGUGGUUUGUUGCUUGAUCAGAGGCAUGUAAAAAUACCAAAUGUGGCAUUUUGAUACUGAAAUUAUUGUGCUUGACAGUGUAUUAUUCUAUAUCACCAAUUCACUA